AUGGACGAGCCCCCGACUACCCAGACCGACGGCACUGUGGCUGAAGGCUUGAGCAAUGAUUCAAACAAUGGACAAGAAGUCGUCGAUUCAGACGAAGAAGUCUUUUUUGACGCCAUUGACGAAACAUACACUGUGGUCUAUGAAGAAACAGAAACCGUUGACGUCGAAACCAACGCUGCCGAAGAUGGACAAGUCGGCGCUGCUUCGAACGAGGAAGGAAACGUCAAUGAAGAUGAUGGCAAUGAAGAAAUGGGCGACGAAUCUUCGUUUACUAAAAUCAGUGAUCUCAUCGUCAAGUGCAAGGAGCAUCUCGACGAUUGGCAAAAACGCGUCUCCAACGGAGUCUUUCUAGAAAACGAAAAGCACCCAGCCGUCCAGCAGCUCUACCACGUUUUAAACAACAACAAACCCGUGGCUUUCAAUCGAGCGAUAGCAGUCAGUCUAUGGGCCUCGGGAGUCGUCACAAAUCUCGUGUACAUUGUCAAAGAGGAACAAAAAAUUGCCGACAAUGAGCUUGUUUCCCGCGCGCUCUUCUUCUUGGGAUGGCUGGCUAAUUUUCAAGGACGCAGUUGCGUCCAGACUCUGGUCGACAAGCAUCUCUUGGUAGAGGCGAUUCUUGAUUGUCUCAGCGUCGUUGAUACUACUUCUUUGACUGUUGUCGAACAGGGAUUGUUUGCCUUGACAGCCCUCACGCGAAAGGACUCACGUGUCGUUCUGCAAAAGGUUGUCGGAAAUGUCGACUACACGGGCGGUGGCAUUGCCGUCAUUACCAAGUCAAUGAAACAGAACCCCGAGUCAAUGGUUGUGGCGUCUUAUGGCUGUCGGCUCUUGUCUCGACUGGCCAAGAAUACAGGAUAUCACAAGCGGUUGCUCGGAGAUGGUGCCUGUUCUGCCAUUGUGAGAUCUCAAAACAGAGCUCAUGGCUGUCCCCCGCACGAGGCAAACUUGGCUGCCGCAGUGAAUGGUCACGCAAAAAUGUUCUCGGACCUCAUCCUCGAGCACCGGAAGCACGGUUCAAGCACGAACGAUUGCUGA